AUGGAUGGAUGCAAAAAGAGAAGAAUGCACUUGUGUUUUGGCUGUGGGGAGGAAUAUUCUGGAAGACACAUGAAAAGACACAAAUGUGUGGAAAAGCAAAGAAAAGAAGUGUUUGAAAGUAGUGCAAAUAUUGAAUGUUCUGGGUCUCGGAUGCGUACAUCUCCAGUCUGCAACAAUGAUUCAAAUAGCCCAACAUUUUGGAAUGAAGAGACGGAAGAAGUUCAAGAUGAUGUCUGUUUAUCAGAGUCCUCUGAGAGUGAAGAGGAAUUGUGUGAUGAGGAAUUCAUUUUUUUUUCUGAGGAGGAAGAUGCUGUUGAGGACCAUCCAAGGGAUAGAACUGAUAUGUUAAUUGUAUCUCUUUUGAAAAUGUUAUUAUGUUGGCAGUCCUUUUUUUACGUGUCUGAUUUAGCAUUUUCAUAUUUACUUUUACUUAUCAAAUCUUUGCUUUACUUGGUAGCAGCAUCAUCUGAAUUAACUCAAGAACUGUACAAAAGAUUUCCAUCAAAUAUAUAUCAGCUGCAUAAAAGUAUUUUAUUCGUAAAAGAUAAGUUUCAAAGGCAUGUUGUUUGUCCAAAAUGUUUCACCCUGUAUGAUUUUUCUGAUUGUAAAAACAUAGUGGAAGGUGUAGAAACUUCCAAGAAGUGUAGCAACGUUGUAUUUCCAAACCAUGCUUUAGCACACUUUCGUAGACCUUGUGGUGAAGUACUUUUAAAACCUGUAUCUAUGCAAGGAAAAACAAAUCUAGUACCUAGAAAAUCUUAUUGUUAUAAAAGCAUUGAAGAGAGUUUAGAAAUUUUGGUUAAAAGAGAAGGUUUUGAAGAUCUCUGUGAAUCAUGGCGGUACAGAAAUGUACCAAAUGAUAUUUUGAUGGAUGUGUAUGAUGGUGAUGUAUGGAAAUGUUUUAAUGGAGAAAAAUAUGAUUUUUUUACUGUUGAACGUAACUUUGGUGUCAUGUUAAAUGUCGACUGGUUUCAGCCAUUUAAACACACCAACUAUUCUGUUGGUGCUAUUUAUUUAACAAUUUUGAACUUGCCAAGGACAGAACGGUUUAAAAAAAAGAACAUUAUAUUAAUUGGACUUAUACCAGAUAUGAAAACUGAACCUCCUACGAACACUUUUAUUGAGCCCUUGGUUGAUGAGCUAAAAGAAGCUUGGCAGGGAUUUAGUAUGAAAAGUUUUAAAUCUCCAUCACAACCUGUCACAUUUAAACUUGCCUUAAUUUGUGUUGGUUGUGACAUCCCUGCUAGUAGAAAAUUAUGUGGAUUUUUAGGACAUGCAGCAACGAAAGGCUGCAAUAAAUGUAUGAAAUCUUUUGAUGGUGGAGUAGGGGAAAAAAAUUAUGGUGGCUUUGAUACAUGUUGUGAAUUAAGGGAUUUAGAGAAACAUAAAGAAAUAGUUGGU